AUGAACUCCAAUAUGAAGCUGAUUCGCUCCCUUCUGAGGGAGAUCAGGGCGAUAUCCAGCGAGGGAAGGAUUAAGGAUAAUAUUGCUGUACAAUAUGUGAUGGAGCAGGCCAGGGCACACAAGGAGACCUCGGAGACACUCUGUAAGGCUAGAGAGGAGAUGAGACAUUUGGCGGAGACGUACAAUUGCUAUUUGGCGUCGUUGAGAAUGUACAAGGAAAUUAACACUGAGUUCGCUGGGGCUGGGGAGAGGAGUGUCAGGGAGACCGCUGAUUUAGUUGGGUUCAAGCUUCCACAUGACCCCAAAUAA